GUGGACCAUGAAAUGGUUGUGAUCGAAAUAUGUCUUGUAUCUAUGCUGCUUGGGUGGGUUGGUUUCAGGUUAGCACACUGGACCACAGCUGAAAGUUUAGCGACAUUGGGAAAACUGUUUGUUGCGAAGGAGCUGAUUUGCUUGAGAAGAAAUGGACAUGGUACAACUUCUCGAGCCUUGCGCUCGCUCUCCCUUGCCUGUUUGCUCAAUGAUGCGCGUCAAUAGUAGGACGAAUCACUCACCAAAAAGCAUGAAUCAAACGGUGACCGAGGCCACCAAAGUGUAUUUAUUCCACGGAAUCCGACGCCGUCAAGAAGAAUACAACUG